CUUCGAGCGCGCCGCCGAGUUCCUGGCCGCCUGCGCGGGGGGGGAGCUGGGCGAGGCCCGGGCCAUGCUGCGGGGGGGGCCCGGCGGGGAGCGGCCCGGGCCCGGCCGGGUCAACCGCACCCACGCGGCCGGGAUCAGCGCCCUGCACCAGGCCUGCAUUGACGAGAACCUGGAGGUGGUGCAGUUCCUGGUGGAGAACGGAGCCGACGUGAACCAGGCGGACAAUGAGGGCUGGACGCCCCUGCAUGUUGCUGCCUCCUGCGGCUACAAGGAGAUCGCCCAGUACCUGCUGGCCCACGGCGCGCAGGUGGCGGCGGUGAACAGCGACGGGGAGAUUCCCCUGGACAUCGCCGAGGACGACGGCAUGGAGGCGCUGCUGCGGGAGGAGAUCGCCAAGCGAGGGGUGGACGUGGCGGCCGCCAAGCGGGAGGAGGAGGAGCUGAUGCUGCAGGACACGCGCCAGUGGCUGAACACCGGGCACAUCGACGACACGCGCCACCCCAAGACCGGAGCCAGCGCCCUGCACGUGGCCGCCGCCAAGGGCUACAUUGAGGUCAUGAGGCUGCUCCUGCAGGCCGGUUAUGACCCCAACGUGCAGGACAAGGACGGCUGGACCCCCCUGCACGCGGCGGCCCACUGGGGGGUGGAGGAAGCCUGCCGCCUGCUGGUGGAGCAUCUGUGUGACAUGGACACCCUCAACAACGUGGGCCAGCGGCCGUGCGACCUGGCAGACGAGGACACGCUCAGCCUGCUGGAGGAGCUGCAGAAGAAGCAGGAGGACCUGCGCAGCAAGAAGGAAGCUCACCUGAAGCAGGCGGUGAUCGAUACCAGCACAGAGCAGCAGCCCGUGUACAGCGCCAAGCACAGGCGGAGCUCCGUGUGCCGCAUGAGCAGCCGGGAGAAGAUCUCGGUGCAGGACCAGUCCAAGGAGCGCAAGACCCUGGGCUCCAUUGUCCCGGAUGAGGAGAACAGCUCCGCCUCCGAGGGGGAGGAGCCGGAGAAACCCACCGAGUCCACGAAGCCCCUCCCUCAGGAGAGCAGCGGCUUGAAUGGGGUCGCCCUGCCCCCUGUCUCCCCUGCACCGACAGGGCCCAAGUUCUCCGGAGGCCGCCCCACAGCGCCGGAGGAUUCGUCGGCACCCGCCUGGAGGGCGGGGCUGCGGAAGACGGGCAGCUUCGGGGUGCUGCAGGACGCCCGGCUGGACGAGGGGCCCCCCAAGGAGGGCAGGAUCAAGCGCUCGGCGUCCAGUCCCAGGCUGGACACAGAGGAGAAGCCACAGGACAUCUGGGAAAUCCUACAGAAGUGGAACAGGACUCUGAUUGGCCCGGGGUUAGCCAAUAAGAGCGUAGCCUCAGAGCUAGCCAGUCGGGAGGAAGGGAGUUCAUCAGGUGACCUGAGCAAGGAGCCACCGCGCCUGGCCCGGGUCCCGCCGACGCCCACCCGGCGUAUCUUCACCCUGCCAGACGCAGAGCCAAGCCGAGCGAGCUUGGAAGACGGCCUGCAGAUGAAAAUCGACGUGGGUCCUGCCCCCAACCAGCUUCCCACUUCCAGCACAGACCCCCGCGACCGUCGAAGGUCGUAUCAGACCCCCGUCAGGGACGAGGAGUCGGAAUCGCAGCGCAAAGCCCGGUCGCGGCUCAUGAGGCAGUCCCGGCGAUCCACCCAGGGCGUCACCCUCACGGACUUGAAGGAAGCCGAGAAGACCAUUGGCCGAUCCGGGGACGCCAGGGCCCCCGAGCAGCGAAUCGGGGAGGACGGGAAGCGGGGCCGGGAAGGGGAGCAGCCACUGGACACCACGGACUCGGCCAGGCGAUGCCGCGCAGCCAACCCCGAGGGCUCCUCGGUGUCUCCCGUGAAUCCCAUCGUGGUGAACUCUCAGGCAAAGAGCGCGCCGGAGCUCGAGGGGCUGGGGCUGGGCUCCGAGGCGGAGGCCGAGCUGCGGAACCGACUCGCCGUGCGGGACCGCCGGAAAGGCCGGCGGGAACGACGCUCCACGGGGAUGGUGCAGAAUGCAGAGGGCGACGAGACCGAGGAGCCGGAGCAGCUGAACGACGCCGCCCCGGGAUCCAGCAGCACGUCCGACCACUUGAACAGCCUCCUGCCCCACCGGACGGACGCCUACGGCUGCGCCAGGCUCAGCAGCGUGAGCAGUGCCGGAGACGAGCACGAAUACAAAAAGCUCUAUGAAGAUCUCCAGGUGGAGAACGAGAAGCUGAAGGAGCAGCUGCAGGAGACGCAGCUGAAGCUAACCCAGAUUAAGCUGGAGCUGGAGCGGGUGACCCAGAGGCAGGAGCGCUUUGCCGAGCGGCCGGCGCGGCUGGAGCUGGAGAGAUUUGAGCGCCGGGCCUUGGAGCGGAAGGCGGCGGAGCUGGAGGAGGAGCUGAAGGCUCUCUCGGACCUGAAGGCCGAUAACCAGCGCCUGAAAGACGAGAACGCGGCUUUGAUCCGGGUCAUCAGCAAACUCUCCAAGUGACGCCCCCCGUCCAGGGCAGGGAAUCGCCCCAAUUCCCGGGCCAGCCCCUUCCAGCUGGCAGGGAGACCCCCCCCCCACGCACUCCAGGCCAGCUCCCCUAGCCAAGGUGCCAUGGGAGGGGGGAGUCUAUGGACCAGAAUAAGCCCCCCCUCCAACAGGACCACACCCCCUUACGCCUCCCCCCUCAAACCAGGGACCUCCUGAUAAACCUCCCCCACAAAUCUUUCCUCUGGGGGAGGGGUGUCUGAGCUCCCCUGAUAAUCAGACUGACCCCCCCCCCAAAACCCAGCCCCCGCCCCAGGACAAAUAUUUAUUAUUUGUGGCUCUUGACAAUUCCUGCUCCAUGUUAAGUGACGCUCGUUGUCAGUAGCUGGGGAUUGGAGAGGGGGCAGAUUCCCACCUGCCCCCCUUCCCCAGUCCCAGCCUCUGGGGGGGGGGGGGGGCUUGUAACCCCUCCUCCCCCUGCUUCCGUUACCCCCAGUUAAAAGCCAAAAUGAUUCUCUCCCUCUCCCCGCCCCCAUUCGAUCGUGGGGGUGUUAGCCGAGAUGGGGAUAUUGCAAGGCCCCCCCCUUUUUACAGACCCUUCAAUUCCCUCCCCCACCCCCCCAGCUAAACAAAUCCCAGAACAUUAAUUUCCUUCCCACCUGGCAGCUUGGUUUCUGCCCCACGGCGCCCCCAGUGGAUGCCAAGGAUCUCUCACCUGCCCGCCCCACGGGAGCCCCGUGCCAUUCCCCCCUCCCCCCGACAGGGAAAACGCCAGCCGGGGGGGGCUGUUUGGGGAGGGGCGUACGGGGCUGGCAGACGGGGGAGGGUGGGGGGCACCAGGCAGGGGGGGCUAUGCCAGUAUUGUGGGGGGGUCCCUGGGGAGAAACGGGGGGGGCUACUCUAGGGUCAGCCCCCAGAGGGGCCCAGUAGGGGGAUGUGGGGGAGGGGACCCCCGAAUACACAGCCCCAUUGGGGCGUCUCCAGUGUGCGCUGCUUGGGUCCGAAGGGGGCAGGGCCCAUCUGCUGUUCUGCCCCCCACAUUCCUGCCUUGGCUCCACCCCCUCGGAAUCUUAGUGUUAAAAGGGGGCGGGACUUUAUCGUCACUUCCCCGCUCCCGUUGCAGUAUCCGGGCCGAACCAUGUCGAUGGCGGGGACCGGGUGGUGCCUCCCAAUUCUUCCUCUUAAGGGCUUCUUCCAUUGUAGAUUUGGCGGCGCAGGCACCAAAUAACCACAUGACCAAAGUGGGGGGUGCCCCCAGCUCCCCAAUAUCCCCCCCCCGACCCAUACGGAACGAAGGGGGAUUCCUGGCUUUGCCAGACUCCCCUCUAUCGCAAACCCAGGAUUGGGGGCUUCAGGUAAGACAAAGGGCAUUGCAGAUCCUGCUGCCCCCCAAUGUGUGUGGGGGGGGCGUGGAUCUCAGCCCCCCCAAAACGUGCCGUGGCUGUGGGGGGGUUCACACCCCAGUUUUCUGCCCCCUUCCUUAAUGGGCCCCAAGCACUGCUUGUCCCGCCCCUUCAAGGGGCGGGGGAGAGGGGCACUUUGCACAGAUGCCAGUACGAAAAAAGGGGGGUUCAGGCUCCCUUUAAAAACUGCCCUGCAAACUGAAUGUGGCUUCCUGGAAAGUGUCCCCCCACAAUUUGAGAGGGGACCCCAAAUUGGUGCCAUGCCCCGCCUCCUGCUGAAAUGUCCCCCUGAAAUUUGUAGGGGAAUCUCAACUUUCCAUGCCCUUACCCUCAGUUCAGAAUCCCCCCCCAAUUCCCAGGGGGGACCCCAAAAUUCUCAGUGCCAUGCAACUGAUUUGCCCCCUCAGCAAAAAACACUCCCCAAAAUUGAGGGCAUCCCACAUUUUUCCAGGUCAUGCAACCAUCUUCCCCCCCCCGUCCCUCAGCAAAAUAAAAAUCGCCAUGAAGUUUGCAGAGGGGGGUCCCCCCCCCGCCAAAUUUAUAUGCGGCCGCUCCCACCACGCCACCCCUGUGAACAUAUUUGUAUAUAAAGGAAAGUAUUUUCUAUACAGCGCUCCCCGCCUCCCCGAAAGAUACGACGUGUGCAAUACCGCAAAGGAAAUUCUAUAUAUUGUAUUUGUUUAUUUUAGCAGCGUGGCUGCAGAUCUUUAAAGCACAGGGCUAGAAAAACGAAAAAUCUUACAAAAAUGAAAACUUAACAAAAAAAAAAUAACAAACAAAAAAAAAAAGAUUUUAAAGCCCGUCCCGCUCCCUGGUGGUGUGGUUUUUAAAGG